AUGAUACUGCUGCAACCGCAACGACCCGCGCCUGCGCGUUCCAGCAUCGGCUCAAGUCGCUUCGGCCGCAAGAACAGCAGCGUUGCCUCGUUCGCCUCGAGCAGCAACGACGACUACGACCCUCCUCAUCACCAUCAAGGGUCUGGCGCACCCGGCAUGUACCGAGAUCAGCAGAGCCGGUCGUCUCGUGAACAUUCACGUGGCCACCCUGCUUCUCCAUACUCGACCCAGCUUCCUCCAGCGUCCCUGACCGCGACCACUGACGAGUCGAGCGAUGUCGAGUACAGCAACAACAGAUCCGGCAGCACGUGGGGCCGUCGUCGCGGGUCGUCGACCAAGAAAGGUCAGUCGCAGUCGCACGAUUCGAGCUUGACCAAGGAGGGGGCUUCUUCGAACAAGUCGAGUGGCGUGGGGACGCUGAAGGGGUUUGGACGUCGGCUGUUCAACCGAUCGAGCUCCAACUUGAAGCCAGCCCCGUUGCUCGCCAUGCGUUCCCACUCGGCGUCGUCUGGUAGCACCAAUGCACAGUCGCCCCCGCUCACCCCCACCACGCCGCCACCGGUUCAGCCGGUCUGGCUGCCCAAUGGGCAGAAGGACUUCUUUGCCAACUUCUCCGGCCUCCCCUCCAGCAUCGCUCUCCCCCAUGUGCAACCACUUCGCACCUCCAAUGCCGACAGCACGCUCGACAUCAGCCCCAAAAGCAGACAGGCUCCCUUUUCCGACUCGGUCUCCUACGACUACACGCAGCGCGAAUCCACCUCAAGCAGCGGACACGGCUCCAGCAGUGCCUUUUCGCACCACAGCAGCAGCAAUGCCUUCUCCCUACCCGCUGUCCCCACGGCCACCGCGGCUCCUGUUGGUUUCAGCAGCAGCAGCCAGGUGGCCCGGCGCGAAAUUCACGCGGUGAUUGAGGAGGAGGGCGACACGGACUUUCUGCGCGCCGUGCUCAACUUUGGCGAGAGCGAAGCGGGCGAGGAGGCGCCGCAGCAGACGCCUUCAUUUAGAGGCGGUCGGGCGGCACCGUUGCCGGCGAGGUCGAGCUCGUUGAGUCAGAUUGCAGGGUUGACGGGGAGUCCGUCGGCGUAUGCCUCUCCGUCUUCCCUGUUUGAUUCUCGGCCGCCGUCACAUCGGACGCUGGAUGGACGCAUGGUGCUCACGCAGAAAGCGGCGAAGGACUUUGCCAUUGAGAAGCCGAAGUCUUCGUAUGUUGUCGUGCAUCGCAAGUACCGCAAGGGGCUGUUUGGGACUGACUCGGACUCGGAGGACGAGUAUGGGAAUGAGGACGAGGGGGAAGGUGAGACGACUAUGGUCUCUCCAGCAGAAAGGCGUGCGCCAGCAGCUGUGAAACAGGUGGACCGAGUCGAAGAGCCCGCUCGCUACCCGUCCUCGUUCGCGAAGUCCAGAACGCAUUCUCCGAGCAACGAAGCGCAAGCCCGAUCCGGACCUGGCCUCGACACAGCCGCCAAGAAAGCCGUCUACAACUGCACGCUGCUCAAAGUACACAUGCACCUCGCCCCGACUCUGGCAGGGGACGCCGAUUCGCGCGCACUCAUCCCCGUCAUCGCAGCCGGCGAAGUACUGUACAGCAACGAAGACCUCAAGUUCCCGCGUUCCAUCAACGCCGAAUCGAGCCUGCGUCAACAUUCGAGCACGUACGGGUUUGCACGCAACUUGCAUGUUGCGCUGGCGAGGACGGGCGUGAUGCGCAAACUGCGACGCGACCGACUGAGCAUCGACGAGGAGGUCGAGAUCUCGUGGUUCCAGCGCAGGUACGGCAGUGCCAGCAUCGCUACGGACCAGAUUGCCAAGGCGUUGCGGCAGAGGCAGAUGGUGAGCCCAGAGGCGCUGGCCAAGCCGCCGAUUGCUGUGAUGCAGGAGGCGGCCAACCGCAGGCUGAGCAGUGAAGGGGUGCAGAAGGGCGACAGGAAUGGGAUUGUGGUUUGGGCGCAGAGGCCGACUUUUGCGGACAGGACUAUGGUGUUGCUGCCGGCAGACGAGUUUGCGCCGGGGGAGGUGAUGGUGCAGGGCGCGAAGUUGGCGGUCCAGGUCGGAGCGGCUUCGUCUGCAGCAGCGGCGUCCCCGACGACGACGGUCAACUUCUCGCCGAGGAUCCGAACGCUGGCUGGACUGCCUUCGGUCGAAGAGGAGAGGAGGAUCAAGUAUUCUCUGGCGAGUAGGCGACCGAGAGACACGCAGUCGAGGCGCGCUUCCCGACUCGGCUCGGCAAGCGACGGUGCCGUGUGGGAAGGUCCUGAACGUCGUGCUGCUAGAGGAUCGCCGCUUGCCUCACCUUCUCAAAAGUCCAAGAGGCUGCCGCCUUGGAUGGCACCUGCGAGUCCACAGCUGCUGUCUCCCCACUCGAUGAGCCAGCUGCGACCGGCACGCAGUGCGUCAGAGGGCUUGACGGCCUUCGCCACUAUGCACCAGAACAGCAGCACCUCUUCCAUCCCCGAAGUCUCCGAGACUCCCGAGCAAGCUGACGACAGCAGCGACGAGGAAGUGCCCCUAGCGCAGCUGCAGACCUUCCGAGCGCACCGCAGCGCGGAAAAGGAGCGAAUCAUGAAGCUCGAGAGCGAGAUCGCGCAGCUCAAGCAGAAAGAGAAUGUGCGCGACAAGGAGGAGGAAGAGCGCAAAAAGAGGGAGGAGGAGGCUAGGCGUAUCGAAGCCGAGCGGGCGUACGAAGAGCGAAAGGCGAUUUUGGAGGCGCGGAAGUUGGAGAAGAACCGAAGGAUCUUGCAAGAGGCAAGGGAUAGGCGUGGGUUUACGAGGCAGUCGGUGUUGCAGGCCGAGCCCAACUACGGGGCUGGGAAUCCUCUGUUGAUGCCGCACAGCAACAGCAGACUGAAAGAGGGAAGCUCGCCUAGUUCGCCCAACUUGCACGAGCCGAUGAGUCCGCCGUCGACGGUAGGCGCGAGGGCGACGCAGCACGAUGCGGCGUUGGCCAAGUUGCAGGGGAACCGGCUUGCGUCGAGGUCAACGACGACGCUGUAUGCGCAGCAGGAGGGACAGAGGCGGUCCAAGACUUCGGUCGUAGCUGGUGCUGCUACGCCGUCACCUGUGCAGGAACAGGUGUCUUUGCCGAUGCUGAAUUCCGCCUCGCCUCUGGUCGACUUGCAACGCCUCGACUUGCAACGCCAUGCUUCGAUGGUCAACUUGGCCGUGCCGUCUACACCUGUACAGCAGACGCUGCCGCACCGUCGCAGCAUGGCAGCGCUACCUGCGGUACCACAGGUGGCACCGCGACGAGCGUCGCUCAUGCCGCCUCCUGCUCCGCAUGUUCCUAUCCACGAGGGCACAGUUGGCUUGCAUCACGCAACGUCGAUGCACCACCUCGGUGCGGGUAACAUGCACCACAUGCCCAGCUCGCCCAGCAUGCUCUUGGCCAGCCCGAACGCUUUGAUGCAGCAGUAUGCGGAUCCACGCCUCUCGAUGAGCAUGACGAAUCUGCAUGCGCAGGCGUACGUGCAGGCCCAGCAGCAGCAGCAACAUGCGCAGCAGAUGAUGGGAGGUGUGCAGAGACCGACCAUGGCGCAGACGGCGAAAGUGAGUUCGAGGCCGAGGUCGAGGAUGCCGCCGCUCGUGUCGUUGUACGGGGAUGUGGUGCCGAGCAGUGCAUUGUCGGCGCAGCAACAACAACAACAGCAGCAGCAGCCGCCGUGGAGAGGUUGA